AUGGCAAAGCAGAUAGACGAAGACAAGAAACAGCUGAUACUCGUCACUAAAGAGGAUGAAUGGGACAAAGCCGAAAAAAGGCUGAAAGAGUGUAUGGACGAGGCGGUGAAAGUGGUUGGCCUCGACUGCGAGUUCAUGGUGAAACGAAACACGUCGAUGCCCUCAACGUAUGACUGUCAGGCGGAGGAGAAUGCGGUUCGUGCAAAGGCCGGCCAAGUGGUGCUUCUACAGCUUUCGUCAUGUGGCAGAGGCGUGGUUACGGUUCUUGUCCGUCUAUGCUACCUCAACAGGAUACCAGGCGGUCUGGCGGAGUUUCUGACGGCCGAUGACAUCUUCAAGGUCGGCGUAAACAUCGAUGAGGACUGCCGUCGUCUGCACCGGGUACAUACGCAUUAUUUCUUAUUUCGGCUUUGCGUCCUACCAUGGCUUUUUUUUUGUUUUACGUUUUGUGCUAAUUAUCACACUGGAUAGUC